AUGGCUACGAUCGCGAAUCAUGGUGGUCGUGGGAACGGCGGAGGCGGUGGUGGUUUCACCGGUUUUCCGGCCGGCCGGAAUGGCUUCGAGCGAGGUGGUUACUCCGGCAGCAACCAAGGCGAUUUCGAUGCGCCUGGUGGUCGUGCUGGCGACUACUCUGACUUCGGGUACGGAGGUGGCCGUGGUGGCCACGGUUAUGACGAUGGUCGUGGCGGCUACGAUGAUGGCCACGGCACUGGCUACAGGGCAGUCGAGGUGGCGGCGGCGGCUACGAUAGUCGGGGGGGUGGUGGCUAUGAUGGCGGCGGUUUCCACCCUGGCCGAGGGGAUUCAAACUACAACGACCGUAAUGGCGGAGGUGGCACUGGCUACCAUAGCAAGCGCUGGUAUGAGUUCUGCGGGGGUCGUGGUGUUGGCAGACGUGGCCGUGGUGCGUCCACGGGCCGUGGUCGUGGCCGCGGAUCGGCUGUUGGUGCAAAAGGACAGACGGUAA